GAGACCGCUGCCCCGGGCGGUGGGGCGGGGUCCCAGGUUGUAGCGAGUUCCGGGGAAAGGGUGAGUCUGGAAUGGGGCGCGAGGGAGCACGCCCGGGAGAUCAUCAGGAAGGAUGCCGCUGGCGGAACUGCCCUUUGCAGGAGGUGGUUAGAAGCCCCCACACUGCCUUGUGACUGAUCGAUGCCGGGGUAACCACAAGGGAAAAAUCCUGUAGUAAUUUCAUCCAAACACAGACAGCAGGAUAAGAAACAAGGAAGAACCUGUCUACAAAACAACCAGAAAACAACAGAAUGGCAAUAAUGGGGAGACUGAGGCCCAACAUGACUAAGUGACUUGCACCUGAGUUGACACAAGAUUCACCCCCAGGUCUGUCUGACCACCCAGGUUAUUUUGGAAAGGCAGGCCAGCUGUCAAGAACAUGCCUCUGUGCCAAUGGAGGGCCACCACCAGGGGCAGGCAGCCCAACGGGGACGGAGCUCAGCCCAUGGCCACCAGAGAAGGCCUGAAAGUGCUUCUGCACUGGGCUGGCCCCAGUGGUGGGGAGCCCUGGGUCACCUUCACUGAGCCCACACUGACCGCGGAGGAUGUCUGCAUCCACAUCGCACACAAAGUCGGCAUCACUCCACCCUGCUUCAAUCUUUUUGCCCUCUUCGAUGCCCAGGCCCAGGUCUGGCUGCCUCCAAAUCACAUCCUGGAUACCUCCAGGGACUCCAGCCUGACGCUGUACUUCCGCAUGAGGUUUUAUUUCCGAAACUGGCAUGGCACGAAUCCUCAGGAGCCAGCUGUGUACCGCUGUGGGCCCCCAGGGGCCGAGACUUCCUCAGAACAGGCAGAGCAGGGGGUGCAACUCCUGGACCCUGCCUCCUUUGAGUACCUCUUUGAGCAGGGCAAGCAUGAAUUUGUAAAUGACGUGGCAUCACUAUGGGAGCUGUCCAGUGAGGAGGAGAUCCACCACUUUCAGAAUGAGAGCCUGGGCAUGGCCCUUUUGCACCUCUGCCACCUCGCUCUCCGCAACGGUGUCCCCCUUGAAAAGGUGGCCAAGAAGACCAGCUUCAAGGAUUGCAUCCCACGCUCCUUCCGGCGGCAGAUCCGGCAGCACAACGCUCUGACACGGCUGCGCCAACGGAGCAUCUUCCGCAAGUUCCUGCGGGCCUUCCAGCCGGGCUGCCUGUCCCAGCAGGUCGUCAUGGUGAAGUACCUGGCCACGCUCGAGCGACUGGCACCCCGCUUUGGCACAGAGCGUGUGCCCGUGUGCCACCUGGAGCUGCAGUCCCAAGCCAACGGGGAGCCCUGCUACAUCCGGGACGGUGGGCAGGCCCCUCCCGACCCCGGGUCUGAGUCUGCUGCUGGACCCCCCACCCACGAGGUGCUGGUGUCAGGCACGGAAGGCAUCCGGUGGCGGCUGGUACCGGCGGAGGGGCCUGCUGAUGGUGGUGCUGGUGGUGGCAGCAGGAUGCCUGAUGCUGACCCAUCUGGGAAGAAAAUGAAGGCCAAGGAGGUGGACAGCGAGCCAGUGGACAGGCCUCGAGAGAGCCCCUGGUCCUACUUCUGUGACUUCCAGGACAUCACCCACAUGGUGCUGAAGGAACGCCACGUCAGCAUCCAUUGUCAGGACAACAAGUGCCUGGAGCUGACCCUGCCUUCCCGGGCUGCGGCCCUAUCCUUGGUGUCGCUGGUGGAUGGCUACUUCCGCCUGACCACCGACUCAAACCACUACCUGUGCCACGAGGUGGCUCCUCCACGGCUGGUGAUGAGUAUCCAGGAUGGUAUCCAUGGCCCCCUGCUGGAGCCAUUUGUGCUGGCCAAGCUGAAGCCCGAGGCUGGCCUCUACCUUAUCCACUGGAGCACCAGCCACCUCCACCGCCUCAUCCUCACGGUGGCCCAGCGCGACCAGCUGCAGGCUCCGGGCACUAAGGGCUUGCGCCUGCGGAAGUUCCCUAUCGAGCUCCAGGCCGGGACAGUCAUGCUGGAGGGCUGGGGCCGGUCUUUCCCCAGCGUGCGGGACCUGCGGGCCGCCCUGCAGGACUGCUCGCUGCGGGCCGGCGACGACUGCUUUUCCCUGUGUCGCUGCUGCCUGCCCCGGCCUGGAGAGAUCUCCAACCUCAUCGUCACGCGGGGGCCUCAGGCCAGCACCAGACCGCUCAACCUCAGUCAUCUCAGCUUCUACCGAGUCCGCCAGGAAGACAUCACCCAGCUGUCCCACUUGGGCCAGGGCACAAGGACCAACGUGUAUGAGGGCCUCUUGCGAGUGGGGGGCAGAGGCCCCGAGGAGGACAAGGCAGAUGGCGAGGAACCCCCCACGCCCGCUGGGGACCAUGGGCAGGAGCUGCGCGUGGUACUCAAGGUGCUAGACCCCAGUCACCACGACAUCGCCCUGGCCUUCUACGAGACAGCCAGCCUCAUGAGCCAGGUCUCCCACGUGCACCUGGCCUUCGUGCACGGUGUCUUCGUGCACGGCUCCGAGAACAUCAUGGUGACCGAGUACGUGGAGCACGGGCCCCUGGACGUAUGGCUGCGGCGGGAGAGGGGCCGCGUGCCCCUGGCCUGGAAGUUGACAGUGGCCCAGCAGCUGGCCAGCGCCCUCAGUUACCUGGAAGACAAAAGCCUGGUUCAUGGCAACGUGUGUGGCCGGAACAUCCUGCUGGCACGGCUGGGGCUGGUGGAGGGCACCAGCCCCUUCAUCAAGCUGAGUGACCCCGGCGUGGGCCUGAGUGCCCUCUCCAGGGAGGAGCGGGUGGAGCGGAUCCCCUGGACAGCCCCUGAGUGCCUGUCUGGUGGAGCCAACAGCCUGAGCACCGCAGCCGACAAGUGGGGCUUUGGUGCCACCCUCCUGGAGAUCUGCUUCGACGGCGAGGCCCCCCUGCAGGGCCGCAGUCCCUCUGAGAAAGAGCGCUUCUACCAGAAGCAGCACAAACUGCCUGAGCCCUCGUGCCCAGAGCUGGCCACACUCACCAGCCAGUGCCUGACCUACGAGCCAGCCCAGCGGCCAUCCUUCCGCACCAUCCUGCGUGACUUCACUCAGCUACAGCCCCAGAAUCUCGCUGAUGUCUUGUCUGUGAGCCCGGAUUCACUGGCUUCAGAUCCCACGGUUUUCCACAAGCGAUACUUGAAAAAGAUCCGGGAUCUGGGUGAGGGUCACUUCGGAAAGGUCAGCCUGUAUUGCUACGACCCCACCAACGACGGCACUGGUGAGAUGGUAGCCGUGAAGGCCCUCAAGGCAGGCUGCGGUCCCCAGCUCCGGACGGGCUGGAGGCGAGAAAUCGACAUCCUACGCACGCUCUACCACAAGCACAUCGUCAAGUACAAGGGCUGCUGCGAGGACCAAGGCGAGAAGUCGAUACAGCUGGUCAUGGAAUACAUGCCCCUGGGCAGCCUCCGAGACUACUUGCCCCGGCACAAUGUCGGGCUGGUCCAGCUGCUGCUCUUCUCCCUGCAGAUCUGCGAGGGUAUGGCCUACCUGCACACACAGCACUACGUGCAUCGAGACCUGGCCGCGCGCAACGUGCUGCUAGACAACAACAGGCUGGUCAAGAUCGGGGACUUCGGCCUCACCAAGGCCGUGCCCGAAGGCCACGAGUAUUACUGCGUGCGCGAGGAUGGGGACAGUCCUGUGUUCUGGUAUGCCCCGGAGUGCCUGAAGGAGUGUAAGUUCUACUUUGCAUCAGACGUCUGGUCCUUUGGGGUCCUCAUGUAUGAGCUGCUGACCUACUGUGACUCCAGCCAGAGCCCUCCCUCGAAAUUCAUUGAGCUCAUAGGCCUCACCCAAGGGCAGAUGACUGUGCUGAGGCUCACAGAGCUGCUGGAACGAGGGGAGAGGCUGCCACAACCAGAGAGAUGCCCCUCUGAGAUCUAUUGCCUCAUGAAGGACUGCUGGAAGGCAGAGGCCUCAUUCCGCCCGACCUUCCAGAACCUCGUACCCAUCCUCAGAUCAUACCACGAGAAAUACCAAGGCCAGGCCCCCUCGGUGUUCAGUGUCUGCUGAAGCCCACCAGCAGCUCUGUUUGAGGGGGUUGGAGCAGACAGUACCCACUGAGAGCAACUCCUGGUCCUUAACCUAAGAGGAGCUCAAGACGGGAGGCCAGCCUCACCGACUCCCUGUGCCUUACCACUAUCAGGAGACCCCACCCCAGUGAACUGACUUUCCUAGGCUUAUUCCGUUUGGACUGCUGUAACAAAAUACUGCAGACAGAGUGGUUUAUAAACAACAGAAAUUUA